CGGACGCGUCUCAAAGGAUUCUGGCGAUGACGCGCCUAGAACAACAAUAGGCGCAGGUCUUCAGCUCAAAUGUGCCGGUCGGAGCCGAGCCUGAACCUCCACUUCUUCCGAAAUCUUUGGAACAUGCCUGAUUGUAUCGUCCGAGUCAGGUCUAUCGGUACAUCACUAGGCUCAUCGUGUCUGUCAAGACAGCCUGCCGGUGUGACAAACAUCGGCAUCCAAAAACAUCUUGGCUCCUGUUGGCAGCAUGUCAACCCUAGCAAGAACGAGACUCGUGGAGCAGCCCCAAAGUUCACCUCCACCCACCACUGCCAACUUAACCCCAUCCGGCGCAGAAGAGGAUAAGGACGAGACGGUCGCACUUCGUGAUAGUCCUGAUCGACUGCAGCGAGACAGAGCACCUCUGUCCAGAAGACUACGUAGUGCCUUGCUUGUGGCUUCACCGUCUUCACCAAGGACGACGGUUCGCAAGAAGGAUUUUGGAUUCUUGCCCAUACCUAGGAAUCGACGGCAUGAGCCUGGAAUGAAGCCAGAGGAGCAGUUUGUCUUCACUUGGCGACUGAACUUAUUAUUUGCCGGCAGUGCGACUGUCUCCGUCAUGAAUCUGUACUAUAUCCAGCCGAUGCUCGUGAAAAUCGCACGCGAUUUUGGUGUUGACAAUGACGUUGUCUCAAAUGUUCCGACUCUCUCGCAAGGCGGCUAUGGCUGCGGUAUCUUGUUCAUCUCUACGCUCGGCGAUCUCGUUCGAAGGCGGCAAUUGGUCUUGCUCUUGAUGUUCCUCACGACGACUCUGUCAAUAGGCUUGGCGUUGUCGACGAAUGUGCACAUGUUGGAAGGUCUCAGCUUUAUGGUUGGCAUGUUGACUGUCACCCCUCAAUUGUGUAUACCUUGGACAGCAGAUCUCGCCCCUUCAAACCGACGUGCUCGAGCCAUGAGCAUCACUUUCUCAGGUCUCAUCACUGGACUGGUCCUGGGACGAGUGCUCGCCGGAGUGAUCUCGGAUUUCGCUUCCUGGCGGGAUGUAUACUGGAUGGCUGUCGGGCUGCAGGGACUCACGACUCUGAUUUUGUGGCUGGGCCUCCCAGAUACCCCUGACAAGAAUAUCGGCAUGACAUAUCUAGGAGUGUUAGUGUCGAUGGCUAAAUAUCUCGUUACGUACCCUACUCUCACACAGGCUUGCCUCAUGGCAAUGUGUUCAAGCGCUGUUUUUGCCGGCUUCUGGGUUGACUUGACAUUUCUCCUGACGGCAGAGCCGUACCAUUACUCAUCCUUGACCAUCGGACUAUUGGGACUUCUCGGUCUCUUUGGCGCGCUUCUGGCUCCACAAUGGGGUCGACUGGUGGACAAGAUUGUACCUUGGCUCGCCCAAUUCCUAGGACUUUUGACCAAUCUGAUUGCCAUGUCCGUCGCCCUCGGUGCUGCAGACCGGAGCGUCGGGGCAGUCUGUGUCGCCAUCAUCUUGUACGACUGUGGACAACAGCUUUUCCAAGUCGCGAGCUCUUAUCGCAUAGCUGGGAUUGAUCCACAAGCUCGUGCUCGUCUCAAUGGGUGUUAUCUCCUUUUCGUCUUCAUAGGCCAGACAUCUGGUACGGCAAUUCUCACCAAAAUCUACAACAGGCACGGGUGGAGACCUACGGGCGCAACGACUGUAGCCUUCGUAGGAGCCGGGAUCAUUCUGCUCUUCUUUCGUGGGCCCUACGAGACUCGAUGGAUCGGCUGGAGAGGAGGCUAUAAGAAGCUAUGGAAGAAAGCCAAGUUGACGGAUCUGUCACCCAAUGCGAUUACGGAGAUCGUCCAUGAGAAGAAGCGAGAUCGGAGACCAGAUGAGGAAGUGGUCAUGGGGAACGUGGCAUCGGCUGCUGAGAGUACAACUUUGAGAGGAUGAAGGCGCUUGACGCCAUCAAUUAGAUUCGGAAAGACAUCCCACUACGCAUUAUCUCCACACUAGUUCUGAUUGUGUUGUUGCAUCUCUACAUACCACAUGCAUCUGACCCUGGCC